AUGUCCCCGGAGGUGAGUUGUUGUGGCGAGUUGGAAAAAGUCAUCGCACCGAAGGGCACAAUCCAAGCCGCGCACGAUACGGAAAGUUUGUAUCAUGUCUCCGCGCAACUGCCUAUAACUCAGAGGAUAGAGAUUAAGGUUAGUUAAGCGGAUCUCGUAUGGCAGUGCACUUUGACCUCUUACUAAUUUUGUGGCUCGCCUCUGCACCCUUUCGAGCAGAUCGUAAUCCUGGUGAGUCCACGGUCUCCAGGCCUGAAUUGCAUAUUCGAGAUGGGGCCUUAUAAACGUGCCGAAGACUUUGGUGAAGCAGUCUUCAUCGAAAACUACGAACGCCCGCUUGAUGGCAUAUAGCAUUGACGUUGCGGCCUUGGCCGCCUUACAGCAUUGUGUAAAAGGCUUUAGGCUGUCUGCAACCCAAACUCCGAGAUCUUUCUGAGUUUCUGCUUCUCGGAGUGGCAUUCCGUUCAGAUGGUAUUGCCGCGUACUAGGGCUCUGAUUUCCGAGGCGCAGAAUGGUGCAUUUGUUCAAAUUGAAGGACAAGAGCCAUCUGCGGGACCACUCGUCCAACCGACAAAGAUUUUCUUGGAAGUUGGUCUCAUCGGUAGCAUUCUGGAUAACUUUCCAUAUUUUUAUGUCAUUCGCAAACAUGGCACAAUCACAGUCCAACCCAUCUACGCAAUCAUUGAUGAACAAGAGAAAGAGAGUUGGUGCGUGCACCAAGCCUUGUGGGACCCCACUCUCUAUAAAUGUGCACCUUGAUUGCUGUUGUUCUACGCAGACAAUUUGGGAGCGGCCGACAAGGAAAUUUUCGAUCCAUUUGAGAAGUUUGCCACCGAUGCCCAUAAUCCUCAACUUGUGUAGGAGACGCUGGUGCGGAACACUGUCAAACGCCUUCCGAAAAUCAAUAUAGGCAACAUGCACGAUGUGUUUUGCGUCCAGUGCUCGCGUCCAACUUUGCUUUGUGUAUAGCAAGUUCGUUACACAUGAUCUUCCCCUACGGAAACCAUAUUGUGUAUUGGACAAGAGGUUGUGGGUUUCCAAGUAAGCCAUCAACUCCUUUUUGAUGGUUUUCUCCAUCAAUUUGCAGCAGAUUAAUGUCAGACGGAUGGGUCUGUAGUUUGUCGCCUGAGCACGACUACCGCUUUUGUAAAGGGGUGUAAUGUGGGCCGUCUUCCAGUCUGUGGGAAGAAUUCCAGCAUCAAGCGAUUUUUGGCACAGAAAGGAUAGUGGCUUGGCCAGCUGUUGGGCAAGCUCAGAGAGCAGCUUUGCUGGAAUCUCGUCCGGACCGGGAGAUUUACAUUCCUUCAAGCUUUUUAGUUCUUCCAAAAUCGCUUCUUCUUGAACCACAAUAUUUUCCAUAGUGGGAUCUCUCAUGUUCUCAGAAUUAGAUGGGGUGAAGUCCGCUUCUCUUGUGAAAACGGAUCGGAAAAAUUGAGAAAAUCGCUCAGCCUUAUUUGUACUGUCCGAUAUCUCCAAGCCGUCGGUGGUAUUGAGAGGGAAGGACACCAACCCUUUUCAUCGACACGCAGUGACACCAUCCUAAGUCUACGCGUCAAAAGUGUCUCUUCAUCCAAACAACCCUAUACAGAUCGUGCGACUGUGGCGGCCGAAAACAUAGAGGUUGGCACACGGGGACAAUAAGCAACCGCUGUCGAUUCCUGGUCCGUGAGAAUACUGAGCAGGGUAGGUAGACAUCACAUCGAGACACACAUGUCGAGGCCAUAAGAAAACCAUUCUAAGGUAUUAAUCGUGUAAAUAGGUAAUGGGAAUACGAUGCAAAGUAAAAAGCAGUGUUACAUAUACUAUAGUCCCGUCUGAAGUGCGCAGUGUUCUGUCGUAUUUGUUAGACCACCGGUGGGGAACGCUGCGUUGGGGCACCUGCGGGAGAGGGACGUAGUGAUGCUCACUUUGAAUGAGAUGGAUCGCAAGACGGUCCACGAUGACAAUAACUGCAAAGACGAAGGUCAAGUAUUGAAAAUUAAAAGGGCACCGGCAUCUCUCUGGAUCUCCACUACCAAAUCCGCGCCUCCCUCAAAUAUCGUUCGCGGGUCGACGACGUUUCCCCCCCUGGGUGUAGUAGCGGACAGGGCGUAUUUGGUGGGAGUUCAAAAUAAGAACCGGACGGUUUGCAGUGCUGAGUUUCCGGCGUGUGUUUUUCUUCUUUGUCUUGUGGACCAGAACGACGAUCCAAACGUGCUUGAGAAGACGGCUUCAGAGGAUAUAGUGUCCCCCCUAACCUACAAUAGGGAAUCAUUUAACAAUCCCUUUUGACCGCCUGUUUUUCACCAUUUCUGUUCAGACUGUACGCUCUCCACACUCAUAUCUUACGAUAUAAAUCUCUGUAUCCGGACAGUUCUUCUGAGUACUGCACUGGCUUGUGUUACUCAGUGAAAGAUGAGUGACGUUGACAACCAGCACAAUGUAGAGUUGGCGCACAGCCCUGAAUCAAAGCCUACUCGUGGAGGAGGAAAAACCGCGAGAUCGCAGGUGAGCGGCCCGUCUGAAGCGUAUCACGCAUGCUGUUGCUUGACCAAUCACUUGGCAGCCCAUAGACCCAAUCCGCAAAUGGUGCCAGUUACUCACGUCUAUUAUCUGUCAUUGGAGUGUCAACGCACGCCUAUUUCUAUUUGGUCUGCACAAGUAUUAGUACUAUUCUUUUGAAUCUCCCGAGCCCUCAUCUGUAGUUUAUACCGCAACCUCUCCCUUGCAGGGCUUUUUCCUAAUUACAAACCUUUUUUUGGAGGAAAGGCACAGAAACCCGAAUGCAGCUGCAGGAUCCAGACGGACCUCAGAGAUCCGAGGCGUCGUCAUCUCUGCCAUGUAGCGGAGUUAAGACUGCGGCGUUGUGCAAGGUCUGCUCCUCUGUCGAGGCCAAGUACACUUGUCCCCGUUGUGCUCUAAAGACCUGUUCCCUCCAAUGCUGUCUGCAGCACAAAAAUGAAACUGGAUGUUCAGGAAAGCGUAAUUUGGCUGCCUUCGUAUCCCGAAAGGACUAUGAUUAUUUCAACUUCUUGUCAGAUUAUCGCCUUCUAGAAGCAGUUGAUCGUGAAAACGAAACAAGGGAGAGGCAGCUGUCCGAGGUGAGGGAGUUUAUUGGCCUAUUUGCUCCUGUGUUACUGGACGGAUUUAAAGUUUUUGAACUCAGAAAUUGCUCUAUAAAAUUGACAGAACAUCCGGCCGGGUAGUCAGUCAUUUUUAUGGUCAUUAUUGCCUUUUCCACGUUCCUCCGACAUGAUAAAUAGGGACACUUACCUGUUUCACCUAUCAGACAUAAACUAAAUCUGGAAAUGGAACGUACACAGUGGAGAUAUUAUGUUAGGUCCACUUAAAUCGACUUGGGAAUGUUAGACAUGGCUUAUCGCCCCUGAUGUAGCUUUUUUGCGUAGUCAGCUCAGAGUUUGCUCUAUUUUCAUUUUUUCUAACUUUCCUCAUGUUGGUACUGAUUUACCCAGUAAUUCAAAUUAUCGUCGAUCCGUCCCUUAAUUGGUGCCUGAUGUCCUCCAGGUGCUGACCUAUGGUACUCGUCUCUUCAACAGGAAUGGUUAACUUCAAGCCGUCCCUUAUUCUGGUCCCCCGUAGCGAGUCAUCACCAAAAAAGUCCUUGUAGUCGCUAGAUGCUGCCUCAACAGUUCAUAUAAUUUUCUCAAUGAAGACUUAAAAGGCUGUAGAGGCGGCUGGGAUGGAGAUUGCAUCACUUUUUACCUAAUAAUAACUCUGGGCUCCCUCAGCUUUGCCUCAUCUUAGUGAGACCAAAAAAUUCGUAACGGUUUUUCGACAGCAUUAUGCCGUUUCAUAUCACGAACAAUGGGUAAUUAGUGCGAAACCGCUUUAACGUUUCAUAAGAUAUGUUUAGAUAUAUGCCGAGGUCAUGUAAAUUGUUUAUUUCACAAAUUUUGGACUCGGGUUUCCAGGAUCGUCAUCAGGCAUACAAAAAAUGUGUAAAAACAGUCGACUUUUUAAACGUAUCUGGACGUCAACAACUGUCUGACGUUUGUGUCCAUAGGCGGACACCGUAUGCUAUCAUCCUGUUCCGAUUGACUACUGUCUCCCCCAUUUCUCCUUGUAAUUCUUUUAGGGAGGAUUGAGGCUUUUGCAAGAGAAUGGUAUUGUGUAUCCUAAUAAUUUAGGUUGCUUAGGUCUCUUCGUUUGUAAUAGCUAUGCACAUGGAUGAAAGACGCUUUCAGCGCGUUUUAUGUCUUGCCCUCUUUCGGACAUUGUUCGAUCGACGAAAUAAUGGGAAGAGGCAGUCACGAAAGUUAAUCACCUAGGGACUCGUCGCUCCCGAAGAGGGGAAUGCUUUUUGCGGCGUGAAGUCGCUUGACUUUUCUCCACUUGAAGGUCCUCCGUUUCUCAAUGCUUUGUCGUUCUGCAAUUCCGCGACUUCUGGCCACUCUUUAAGGCUUUUACAGCUGCGAAGCAUCUGACGGAUAUUUACAUAAAAUAUGGAUAGCGGUCGAUGGACUCCACCCCUACGACGUUUUAUUUACUUGGUUCUGCGUACAAUCUGUUCCCAGUAUUAAGUCUUCCCAUACGACACCGGCUCAAAAUAUAUCCAAAGUGCGUGCUCAGACAGCGACUGGCGUGGUGAUAGUUUGACCGUCGCAUCCGACAAUGUCCACCAUGUGCUCCACAGCAAGGCGAAGCAGGCAUGAUGACUUGCGCAUGGAUAGUUUAUAAUGAGAGUAGACCCGCACAGCCUCUACCACACUCUCUCCUCCCCACCUGGACCUGGUGUCAAGACAGAGCCAAGAAACCUGGAGGCGGGGGAGGGCGCAGGUGGAUAACGCGGCCGGACCCUCACCCAGGCGUGCCACCACACUCCCUGGUCCACAACCAACACUUGACCAGGAUUUCGACCAACACAACAGAAAGGAUGUGGAUGACUGGGCAACCAUGCAUGCGACCUGCAUACCUAGCGGGAGCUCAAGCGCAUCUACCGCCAGAGAACCGGCUACCGGAGAACUGUCAGCGCACACGAGGCUGUCAGUGCUAUAGUCUGCUGAUCAUGUCAUAGCAGGUGCUCAUAAACCCUGGGGCAUAUUCACAUACACGUUAGCAUCAGCGCGAACGCGCGCACACACUAGGUCUGGCAACAGCAGCAGCGCAACACACAUACACACAUAGAUGCGCAUACAGAAGGGCCACUGUCACCAAUCUACCACCCUGCUACCUUCCAGGACUACGUCGGCAGCAGCGACCGGCAUAUUGAACUGGUAACAUGCGGUUACACUUUUUUGGGUGAUCUGAGAUGUCAUCGCUAAUGAUGGUCCCCGGGCAGUGGUGGUCAAACACCUCCAGUUUUCUGGUCUGGGACGCAACUGAAAACACUUCGAUUUUACCAGCGUUUAUGGGUAAAUCAAACAAUUUAACGAUUUCGUUCACCCGUGACACCAUAGGCUGUGGAUCAUUAAAACUGGAGGCUGGUAGGGUUGUGUCAGCCGGUCCGGGUCCGGGUGCAAACUCAAUCGUCAAACUGGAACUUACGAUUACUUUGCUUUCCAGGUACGACCGUGCUGGCCGUUUUAACCUAUCCAACUGUGCCACUUCAUACAUAUUAAUAAAAGUAGAUAAUGUUUCAUCGGAAAAGUCUGGGACACUAGAAGGGCCAUCUGGGUUUACUUUUCGUCAUCAACCAGUGACGCUCUAAUCCAAAACUGCAAACUCGAGAUUUGAACUGCGAGUCAGUUGGUCAUAGAGCAAUCCUCUCAUCACUGCACCAACGGGCUUUCAUCAUGUCGGGUGAGAUUGGAAGUAUCCAAUCACAUGGGAGUGGCGUACAUUGUUCGAAAAUGGACAUUUCUCGGGCUUGCAGCCCGGAAUUAUAGCAUCACUGGCUGAUGGCGACAAAUAAACCAAAAUGGCCGUUUUAGUGUGCCUACUCUUGUUAGUGCAAUUGCUAGUCGCCAUGCAAACUCUUGCGGCGACCCCAAGGCUCAUUUCCUCCCCAUACAAGGUGCGGCGGGUUUACUUAAUCGAUACUGCCUCCUCGUCGGAUAUCUGCAGACGGAACUACUGUUUUGGAGGCCAUGUUUUUAUAAACACUUUAGACAUUGUUUGCGGACUUAGACGCUGGUAAUCUGGACCUCGUUUUUUCAUUUUAAAAGUUGCUUUCUCCGCGACUUUUUAUGGUGGGGUUGCCGUGGAAUUUAUGUCACUUCUUAAACAGCAAAUGCAUUUCCUCACGAGACGAGACUUGGAGGUCUGACUUGUUCAUAGGCUGGCGUCUGCUUUUUUCAGCAUGAAACAUUAACCGAUAUUUUAAAGUGUGGUUGCGGUUAUAAAGGACUACAUGGGUGGGUUUGUCAUAUUGAUUAUCGUUAAACGUAAUCGCAUGAUAUUUGAGUCGCGCCAGACCUCUGACUCUAAUGCGCUCCCUUACUGUCUCACUCGCCGAAACGACUAUUUAAGUAGUACGCCUUUUCGAUGUCGGUGCCCGUAUAAAUCUAAACAAAAUAUCCUUUUAUGUACACAGUCCACAGUGGAUCACAUCUCCAGCUAUUCCACUCUUUGAAGGGAUAUCUAUCAGUUUUUUUAUCGCAAACUUGCCGUUGCACUUAUGUCUAAGGUUCCAAACUACAAGCUGUACACUUUCUAUUUAAGAAAUAUCGCCCACUCCGCCAUGCUCUUAAGAUGAUACCAUACAGGCUUCACAAAAUCUUGCAAUGAACAUGUAUGCUUCAUAAGCAGCAUUAAUGCACAUACAGAUAAGAUGCUAUUCGAAUAGCCAUUUCACGGUCCGGAAAAAUCUCAUAAUUGCAUACCUUUUUAGAACUAGAAGUUACCUUCAGAGUUGAAAAUUUAAGGAAGACAUAAUUUACUACAAAACGAGUAUAAGAGGCGAUGUUUCUAUGCAUGUCCUCUAUAAAAUGUGUUUCAUUCUAUAAGGGCAUCAGAAAGUAGUGGAAAAAAGCAUGCUAUCUAAGUAGUCCCUUUCUGGGAUUUUCGCAAGCGGCAGAAAAGAUGGGCAUUCAAAAGUCGACUUCCCCCUCGUGGCCGAAAUAUGCAUUGUGAUCAAUAUUGCAAACCCAUCUUUCCUUUAAAACCGAGAGUUUCUGUCAGUGUUUCUUGAGUUUCACCACCGAAUUCUCUGGUCCUCGAAUAUAACAUCAGUUGAGAAUUGGCCAAUAGUGUUUGGUGAGGAUGAGUGCGCCUACCUUGGUCAGGGACCUUAGUCGGAUGUGAUUCUCACCUUUUUUUGCCUCUUAAGUAAUUUGCAUACUUAAAUGUUGCUCUGGACACGCCGUAUGCUUAAAACGUGUUACUCUUGUCCCCAUCAUUACCCUUGCCAGCUCCGCCAAUCAUGUCGUCGGCCAUCGCCAGGCCAGUCAAAGCUCGCUGUCCUUGCACGUUCUUUAGGCAUCGAUUUCCGUGCUCUAAGCCCCCUGCUCAAACGUGCGCGUAUGAAUAAGACCUUCGUCAGCAACAGUAACGACCUUCCGGCCUCAGUACCCAUUAUCAUGUGGACCCUAGAGUUCUGUCUCCUACCUAGCUCCCAUCCAGAGGGAGGCCAUCGUGCCUGUCUACGCGAUGAUCAGCGCUGGUGCGACCAACUGCUCAGUCCGUUGCGCAUCCUCGUACACUCCUGUCACCCAGAUUGGUCGAUGGAGGCCAUUUGGCGCGACAAGGUCACUGCCCUCUCCUCCGUCGAGCAGGAGAGCCUUGUCACCAGCAAGGCACCUGCCGGGGCAGUUGUCAGCUGGCUCAUCACUGCGCCUCCCUCCACAGCUCAGAAGGCCGCCGCCGCCACAGCUACCACCGACUCCUCCCUUACCUUCUUCUUCUACAUCCAGUGUGAAGGAGGGAAACAGCAGUCAACUAGGGGUGCGAUUUACCCAAAACGCGAGAUCUUUCCCAGAACCACUCUGAAUGAGGUGCUAACCUAUGACGGUUUUGUCAUUCACGAGUUUCCUACCAUUUGGGUCUCUCGGACAGAAUUACCCACCACCGGAUAG